AUGGGCUACGUACAACCAAGAAAGUUCAGCACAACACCAUCUCGAGCACUGAAGCAAUUCUUCCCGGCGCCAGAUGCUCCCAGCAUUCGAACUACCGAAGCAGCAUGGCCACAUCCAAUCUAUACGAAAGAGCAAAUGGACUCAGUUGUAAUCGCACACAGAGAAGCCAAAACAUGGUCGGACUGGACAGCCCUCGCCGCAAUCCGCACAAUGCGCUGGGGACUGGAUCUUGCUACUGGUUAUAAGCACGACAAAGCAGUUGCCAGCGGUCAGAAAAGCUCCAAGAACGCCAACCAAAAGCAUGUCAUGACGGCAAGAAAAUACAUGAUACGAAAUGUGUUCCUAGAGUCGGUGGCGGGUGUUCCUGGAAUGGUUGCUGGUAUGCUACGACACCUGCAUUCGAUGCGCCGUAUGAAGAGAGAUAACGGCUGGAUCGAGACUCUACUCGAAGAGUCAUACAAUGAGCGUAUGCACCUGCUCACCUUCCUCAAGAUGGCAGAACCAGGACCGUUCAUGAAGUUCAUGGUGCUUGCAGCUCAAGGAGUCUUCUUCAAUGCCAUGUUUGUGGCCUAUCUGGUUUCUCCUCGCACAGCGCAUCGAUUCGUCGGAUAUCUUGAAGAGGAGGCUGUGAUAACGUACACGCGCGAAAUUGCAGACCUGGACGCUGGAAGACUUCCAGAGUGGGAGAACCUGGCAGCACCAGAUAUUGCCAUCAAGUACUGGCAUAUGCCCGAGGGCCACCGUACCAUGCGGGACUUGUUACUGUACAUUCGCGCUGAUGAGUCGAAGCACCGUGAGGUGAAUCACACAUUAGGCAAUCUACAUCAAAAGGAUGAUCCCAAUCCAUUCGUGUCCGAGUACAAGGACAAGUCUAUUCCUCACCCAGGAAAGGGGCUGCAUCACCCAAAGCCGACGGGAUGGGAGAGGAGCGAAGUCAUCUAG